GCGGGUAUGUAAUUGUGUCCGGAAGAGCAGAGUGCUCCGUGCGCAGGUUUGAAGGACAGGCGUGUACAGGGUGUGGAGGAGCUGGAGGGAGAGACGGGGAACUCAGAAUCACUGAGCAACUGCAACUAACACUACCUUUGAAAUAGACAUGGCGCCUUGUGCUGCCCGUCCGUUUCAGCCUAGCGUUUACUUUCUCGUGUCAGCUGCCGUGUCGAUCUCCUCUGCUUUUAACGUCGAUGUGACGAACCCGAUCAUUAAGAAGGGUCCAGACGGCAGCUACUUCGGAUAUUCGGUUGCUUUGCACCGACAGCUGAAAAAACUGGAUCGCUACCUGUUGCUGGUUGGUGCACCCCAGGCAGCAGGUCUCGAAGAUCAAUUGGCAAACCGCACAGGAGCUUUAUUCUACUGCCCAGUUACGGCAUUGCAGGAUGACUGUGAACGAGCUCUGUUUGAAAAACCAACCAAUCCAAACAAAGAAAGUAAGGAAGAUCAAUGGCUUGGGGUCACAGUGGAAAGUCAAGGACCUGGUGGGAAAGUGUUGGUAUGUGCACAUCGGUAUGAGAUGAGACAACUGAGCUCACAAGACGAGAAGAGAAUUUUGGUGGGUCGCUGCUUUGUCAUCAGUGACGACAUUGCCAUCAAUCCAGAUGAUGACUGGGAUACAUCACCAGUGCAGUUCUGUGAAAAUGUAGGGAAUGACCACCAUCAACUGCUAAUGUGUCAGCAGGGCAUGUCUGCGGGAUUUACACGGCCCAAUCACUAUGCAUUUUAUGGGGCACCAGGUGGCUGGAACUGGCAAGGAACCGUCCAAGUUUCACAAAAGAACAUCACAUUUUUGGAGCUCAAUAUACUGGAAGAUGGUCCUUAUCUGCUCCCGGAUGUAUCACUGAGUCACAGCUACAUUGGCUACUCUGUCACCUCUGGAAAGCAGAUCACACAUACAGAUAACUUCAGCUACGUUGCAGGAGGCCCCCGUCAUAAUCACACAGGGGCGGUAUUUGUGCUGGAGCAAGGGAAAACAGAUGAUCUGUAUAUAAAACACAUUAUAGCAGGACAUCAAACAGGGUCAUAUUUUGGGAGUUCUGUAGCCGUUGCUGAUCUUGACAAUAACAGUUGGCAGGACCUUAUUGUUGGAGCUCCACACUACUUUGACCACAGAAAGGAGAUCAGUGGUGCUGUGUAUAUUUAUAUGAAUGAGGCGGGGAAGUUCUCUGAUAAACCAACCCUGGUGUUGAAUGGUUCAUUGGGCUCCAUGUUUGGUCACACAGUCAGCAGCAUUGGAGACAUUAACCAAGAUGGAUUUCAAGAUAUUGGCAUUGGAGCUCCUUAUGAUGAUUAUGGUAAACUUUUUAUCUACAAUGGCGGGAAAAACGGACUGGCUCCUGAACCUAGUCAGAUAAUUAGUGGAGAAAACCUGAGUGGUAACCUGAGUGGUAACCUGAGUGUCGAGACAUUUGGAUACUCAAUCAGUGGAGGGCUUGAUGUCGAUAGCAAUGGAUAUCCUGACCUUCUAAUUGGAACGUUAUCUGACAGGGCUGUUUUACUGAGAUCUCGGCCAGUUAUUAAUAUAAAUGAAACUUUCAGCGUGCGGCCAAAAAUCAUUGAUCCUAACAAUUGUAAAAACAAUCCCUGCAUCAAGGUGAAAGUUUGUUUCUCAUACACUGUGAGUACCGGAGAUAAAAACUACAAUCAUAGGAUUGAUCUUACGUACAGACUGGAGGUUGAAAAAGAAAGACGCUCUCAUCCACGGGUUAUCUUUGUGGACACAAACAGUAUCACUUAUGUUCGGAAUUUCUCAAUGCCAGAUAAAAAGUGCCAUUCUGUCUCGCUGCGAUUAAUGGACAAUGUCCAGGAUAAACUUCAACCCAUCUAUAUCACUUUGAGUUACAACAUUGCCAAUAAAACCAAACCAACCAGUGGAAUGGUCGAUAUGAAUGAUUAUCCCAUUUUGAAUGUACUGCGUCAGUACAUUCACACAGAAGAGAUACAUAUUCAGAAAGAAUGUGGGGAGGAUCGGAUCUGCAAAAGCAAUCUCCAAAUGAAGUACCAGUACGGCACUCAAAUGAAGGACGGAAGUUUUUCUCCAAUUGAAAGAGUGAAAGGCAAGCAAAUCUUGAAGUACAAUCCACAAAGCAGACCGCGAGUUAAACUUAUGUUGCAAGUAAAUGUAACAAAUGAAUCAACAGAUCUCAUUGGUGAGGACGCACAUCAGGCCAGGCUGAAUGUUACACUGCCAGACACAUUGUCAUUCGCUGGUUUUCGCAUGGAUAAAAUGACCUGUGAACAAAAGGAGAGUUACACUUUGAUCUGUGAUCUUGGAAACCCUUUCAAAAAAGAUCAGCGUGCUGAAAUCCUUUUAAUCUUCGAAACAACAGGAAUAACACUUCAUACGAGUGAAAUCAUUAUGGGAAUCAAACUUGCAACGGAAAGUGAGCAGAAUGACUUACAUUUAGUUGAGGCAUCGAUACGCAUAGAAAUUCAACUACCAGUUAACCUAGUUCGGUCAAGUAACAACCCAAAGACGUAUUUCAGUGGCACGGUGAUGGGUGAGAGUGGAAUGAAAACAUUUGAUGAUGUGGGAAGUCCUGUGAACUUCACUUUUCAGGUGGACAAUCAAGGAGAGCCUUUGGGUGACCUAGGAGUGCUUUACCUCACUAUUAAUUGGCCAUAUGAAAUCAGUAAUGGAAAGUGGUUGCUGUACCUCACUGAAAUUGAAAUGAGUGGAACAGAAGACCGAUACUGUACACCAGAUGAGUAUAUCGUGAAUGAACUGAAUUUAAAGAAGAACAAUCAAACGGUGCAGCCAGUAAGAACAAAACGGGAUGUAGCGCUUCCAGCUGCCAAUGAGCUCAGAAAACUGACCACACUGACUAAAGGAAAAGGCGAAUUACAGCUAGAAUGCAAAGACAAACACACAGCCCGAUGCAAGCAAUUCAGUUGUCUGCUACGCAAUAUGACUAAACUGGCUACAGUUACGUUCCGAGCACGACUAUGGAAUAGCACGUUUCUUGAGGAAUUCAGGGACUACAGCCGGAUUUCUGUGUACCUGGACGCUUCCUUGCACCUAAAAACACAUAUAACCACAAUCAAAAUGAAAAAAUCAAAUGCAGAAGUGAUUAUCAAUAUUGAAUCCCAAGUUGAUGAAGAACCACCUUACGUGAUCUCUGAAUGGGUCAUUGUAGUGGCUGUGCUGGCAGGAAUUGUACUGCUGAGUAUUAUAAUACUCUUACUAUGGAAGUGUGGUUUCUUCAAGAGAGCGAACACACGAGCUAUGUAUGAAGCCAAAGAGCAAAAGGCUGAAAUCAAGACGCAGCCCUCAGAAACUAAGCGUCUUACUGAUAAUGACUAGUGCUGGUCAACCUCACCUCCUGCUGUUUUUGUGUGGCUUCUUCAAGAGAACAAGAUACUACAGGAGUAUGCCUAAGUAUCAUGCUGUGAAGAUCCGCAAAGAAGAACGUUACUUUAUCACAGAAGGCUUUACAAGGAAGACCCAGAAGAAGCAAUGGGUAACAAACUGGAAAGAAAAGGACAAGCACUAAUGAUUGCUUCUUUCUGAGUUUAUAAAAGGCCACCAUGCUGUGUCCAAAUACUUUUUUAGCAAAUAUUACAGGAAACUCAACCUGUGUACAAACAUUUUAGUUCUAUUUAUGAUAACUUAUGUUUCAGCCAAAUUCAAGAAAAAAUGGGAUAAAGUUUGUAAAGCACAGUGGGAACAAGUUGGAAUCCUCAAUGCUUUUCGUAGCUCAUAAGCUACUGAACGAUGCAGGAGCAUGGUUUCCCUAGUAGAUUAGAUUAAGACUUCAAUGCACUGAAAUAGACAGGGAAGGAGCUGAUGGGAGGGAGGUGGGUUGGAGUAAAUGUAUUAAUUUACACAAGGAAGAGGACAGUUGCUUCCAUUUUAUGAGAAAAUUUCAUUUUGCUGAAUAUAUUGUUCUUUGAUAAUAUCAACUCUAGAACAAAUUGGGUUAAUGUUCAAUUUUUAAGGUUAAGAGGGAAAAUAGAUCCACUUAAAAUCUAGUUUUUAGUAAGGGUAUUUUGUUUGAAAACCAGCUGAAGAAUUCUUGGAACGGUCAGACAUUCCUCACCCCAAUCCCCAAGAGCAUGAAUUCAGUUUAGAGGAGCAACACAAAUUGCAUUCUGGUCAGCCUAUGCAUGUACUAUUGGUGUUGCAUAUUAUUUCCUUUGUCCUACGCUGAACCCUAUUUUAGAACUACUUCCAAGCUAAUGUUAUAGAUGUUCAGAGUUGAUGUGACCUUUCCAUUUGUGCAGUGUCUACUGAAUAACAAUUACAGAAAGUGUAUCAUUCUAUGACAUUGAUACACAGCUAUUAGAAAAAGUGAAAGGUAAAGAUUGUUAACUAAUAUUUUUCUGUACUUGCAAUGUUAAUCUUUUGAUUUCUCUAUUAUCUUUGAAAUAUGGUACUUUUUUAAAAGUUCUAAUCCAUACAGUAGUAUUAAGAGUACCUACACCAAUGUGUUUUCAUGUCGACAGGGCAUUGGUGGGAAACGUGAUAUUCUUUUAUCACUUCAGAUUGGGGUAUUAAUUGGAACUGUGGAUCCAUUAUUUGCCAAUCAGUUUGCUGCUUUGAAAUGAGAUUUAAUGUGAGAAAAGAAAUUUCAGCCAGGUAUUCACUCUCUGCAGCUUACCAUAUAAAUUUACAUAUUAUUGCUUAUUGAAGGUCUUUAGUUUUAAUGGAAAAGCUAUUCAGACAAAAUGGAAGUUGAUGCACAGACAUCAAACUGAAACCUUUCUUUACCUGCUUACUUAAACAAUCAGAAUGUGUAUUUGUAUUUACACAUCCAUAGAACAUUGCAAAAAUUUGUAAGAAAGUAAACAGUGAUACCAUUAUUUUUUUUAAAUAAUAUAUACCUUGAGAACUUUAGAUUUAAAUUUAAAUUUGAGUUGAUAUGCCCUGUUCCUGACAUUUAUGUUAAUCAUUUAGCUGUUAAUGUAAGUCCUCCAUAUUAUAUUUUAAAAUAUAAAUAGAGGAUAGCAUCUCUUUUAAAAUACAGGACAUAUAGCUACUAUUAUAGUAAUUAUGCGUAUGUCUGUGUAUAGAAGAUAGUUCGUGAUUUGGUUCCUGGAGUAGCUAAAAUCUCCAGUAAAUGCAAAUAAAUUGACUCUAAGACAAAGAUUGUUUUUUUUCUUUAUCUUAGUUUAUCCAUUUAAAUUAUUGGACAACUUGCAACCAUUCUAAGAUCUGGCUUGGUUAAUAGCUGCAGCUUGGUUCAAUCAGAAUAAAAGUUAUUUAAGAUUAAAAUAUAAAUUACUGCUUACUACUGUGUUCAAUUCUUGACAGCAUACUUAAAAAAGAAUGCCAAAACUUUGACAGGGAUGUAAAAUAAAGUUUUACCAGAGUGGUACCAAGUCUGAAAAAAAAAUGUCAGCUUAGCGGAGAAAGUGAGGGAAAUGGUGUUAUUCUCCACUAACCAGAGAAGGUUAAAGGGAUUUAAUAGAGGUGUUCAACACCAAGGAGGAAGAUUAUAGACUAAUGAGAAAAAAUACUUCCAUUGGCAGGCAAAAUCAGGAAACACAGGUUUAAGGUAAUUAGUGAAAGAAGUAGUGGUGAGAACAAGUUUAUGCAGCAAGUUGGUGUGAUCAAGAAUGCAUACUCUGAAUUCUAUUGGGUGGUGGAAGCAGAUUUGGUUGGUUACUGCUGUGUUUUAUAUUCUUAACUGCUGAACAUUUAACAAAUAUAUAAAUAUGUCACAGAACUAAGAAAUUCUUUUACUAAGAUUUGUAAAUAUAUGGCAUUCUAUUAAAUGGAUGUAGGGAUUCUGUUUUGCUACUGUAGUCUUUGUUGUAUCAAUUGUAUUAAUACUGUAUAAAAUAGUAAUUACUGUUUCUGAAGUUACUGAACUGGGUAAUGUCUUUUUAAUAGUUUGUGCUACUGGAAUAUCUGAAUAAAAGUUUUGAUAAAAAACUUAUGAAA